AUGGGCAACUGUGCAGCUCCUCAGAUCACCAGAAAUGGUGGCCUUCCCAUGACCACCCAUCACCAGGGCUGGUCAUCAUCAUCUCCAUCCACGGUCAAGCUCAUUAACAUGGACGGAAGGCUGCAAGAGUUCACUCAAACCAUGAAGGCUUCUCACCUCCUCUCCCAAAACCCUGACUGCUUCCUCUGCAGCUCAGAGUCCAUGUUCAUUGACACCAUAGUCCCUCAAAUUCAUGAAGAAGAAGACCUCUGUUUGGGCCAACUCUAUUUCCUCUUGCCUCUCUCCAUGUCCCGAGUCCCGCUCUCUUUCCGAGAGCUCUGCUUGCUCGCCAUCAAGGCCAGCGCCGUGCUCGAGAGCAGCUCGAGUUCGAGGAGAACGAAGGAUGGAGGUCCAUCAGUGGUGGCUCGUCGGAGACGGUGUCGAGCUCCCACCGGGUUCGACGCCACGAGACUAGAAUUGGGUCAGAGGAGCCAAAGAAUUGAGUUGUGA